AUGAUCAAUGGAGAGGAGGACCGAGAGAUUUCCUCCGAUGUCGCCUCUCCAGAUCCGCUUGACGAAUUUAUGUCCUGGGUAGGGCCUAAAUCCGAUGCUGGCGAUGCCUCGCCUGUUUUAUCGGAUUACUCUUCAUGUGGAGAAUCAGAUUACGAGAGGUAUUGCAGCGCAAAUUCAUUUAUGGGGACUGCAAGUAUGUGUAGCUCCCUCGGAACUUGUAAUGAUUUUCUGGAUUCUGAUUUAGGUUCUGUGAGGAGUUUGGGGUUCGGAGAGGACCGUGUCUUGGAAAAUGUUGGCUUUGGAGCCAGAUUCCAAAAAAAUUAUGUGGACAGGGGUUGUGCUUCUUUCGAUAGGUAUGAUUAUUCAUCUGAUGGAAGAGUCGAAUUUUGUAAAGGAAACGGUGAGAUUGGGAAUUCUGUUUCUGCGCUGAAUAAACGGUCCAAUUCAUUGCCCAGGCACGGGGAGAAUUCAUCAUUUGGGGUCAUUUUUUUGGAAAAUAAUGUUGAAAAUUUGACGACUCAUAAUUUUGGCAAUGGAUCUGAAUCACUUGGAAGUUCAGAUGUAAAUAGUGCAUUGCCCAAGGUUGAUUGUGGCAGGGAUAAUGCAGAAGGUUUGAUGUUGAGUGGUCACAGUGACCAAGGAUUUUUGCCUAGCUCAGCUGAACAUAUUCCAUCCGAAGAGAUUAUUACUGUACAGAAUAACAAGAAUAAUUUGCCUCAGUUUGGGGUUGUGAACGCAUCCAUCGUUUUGCAGUCUGGUGAAGAUUCCCCAUCUUAUGUUGCUUCUUGUGGAGAGAUUACCAAACAAGGUCCCAGUGAUGUGGAUCAGUCACGUGAAUCGACUUCAGCAUCUGGGGUUUCAGUUGAUGGAAAGGAAGCUGGGAAAUUAACUGAAGCAGAUGAGGAAACCUCAACUAGAUAUGAACAUUCAGAUGAUGAGAGGUCAUCAGUGGAUUAUGGUACGGAUGAUGAACAAAGUAUUGGUUCAAGUGAUAGGAUAAGCCUGCGUUAUUAUCAGAAGAGCAAACCUGAUGAUGACAAUCCAUUGCUCAUUAACUCCACUGUGGCCUUUGGUUCAGAUGAUUGGGAUAACUUCGAGCAAGAAGCUUUAAAGGCUCUAUCGUUGGAUGAAACUCAAGAGCGGCCACAGCUUUUAGAAACUGAGAGAAAUCUUCUGAGUUCCACUCUUGGGGCUGAUAGUGUUUCUCCAAUUUUUGGUGGACCUGAGCAACCAGAAAACGUGAAAGAAAUACCAAUAAAUAGUUGUCAUGUCCAAGCUACCAAUCAAUCAAUAGAAAAUAUAGAAAGCUGUUCAGUCAGCAAUGUCUUUACAUUGCAGGACCUACCUGCGCAAAAGGCUUCAGCAGGGAUAGAUUUGAACAUCAUGGAUGGUACUACAGAAACAGAGCUUCAAUAUACAAGUGACAAGCAAAUGAGCAGUCUUGAUAAGAGUGUGGUUUCAAAAGGUGACUUUUUGGGGAAAUCAGAGUCUCAACUUAAGUUGGAUCCUCUUUCUAAUAUGGCAAUUCGCCAUCUUCAUUCUAUGGCAACAGAAACACCUCAAAAUAAUGUGGCAGGAGAUUUACAAAAUGAUGUAAAAGAUGCACUACCACCAAUGGUUCAAAAUGACCAGGAGGCCUUUCUAAAGAGAAUAUUGACAGAUUCUUCCAUAUCAAAAGGUCCGGGUGAAGAACAUGUGGCAGCAAAUGAGGCUGAGAACCUCUACUUAAAUGAAGUCUAUGACGAGGUUGUCCAUGAAAUGGAGGAGAUUUUGCUCAACUCUGGGGAGUCUCCUGGGGCUAGGUUCAGCAAGGGUAAUAGGGCAUCUGUAUCACAUCCACCUAAGCCUUUUCGAGAUGGCAGCUCAACUGCUUCUACAUCUGGUACUAAUGAUGCACAUCCACAAGUUCAGCAGCCUCUGAAAAUUGAUGGGAUUGAAGUUGUAGGUGCAAAGCAAAAGAAAGGAGAGGUCUCACUGGGGGAGAGACUGGUUGGUGUAAAGGAAUAUACAGUUUACAGGUUAAAACUGUGGAGUGGCAAGGACCAAUGGGAGGUUGAGCGGAGAUAUCGUGAUUUUGUUUCUCUUUAUCGUCAGUUGAAAAUAUUUUUUUCUGAUAAAGGUCAGGUCCUUCCGUCUCCCUGGUCAGAUGUUGAACGAGAAUCUAGAAAGAUAUUUGGGAAUGCUUCUCCUUAUGUUAUCACUCAGAGAAGUGCUCUUAUCCAAGACUGUUUACGAUCCAUUUGGCACUCUGGGUUUUCAUUCAGCGCAUCAAGUCCUAUGAUUUGGUUUUUAUCCCCUCAAAACGUACUCCCUCGUUCUUCUAUGUUAAAUACUUUGGUGCCUCAUUCACUUUCAGCAUACAGUGGAGAAACUUCAACACAAGGUGCUUCCACUUUGGGAAAGACAAUUUCACUUCUGGUGCAAAUUCCACCUCACAAGUCGAUGAAACAGUCGCUGGAAGCACAGCAUUAUUCUUGUGCAGGAUGCCACAGAUACUUGAAUGAGGGGAAGACACUGUUGAAAGAAUUUGUGGAGACUUUUGGGUGGGGCAAGCCACGACUAUGUGAAUACACCGGUCAAUUGUUUUGUGCUUCAUGCCAUACUAAUGACACUGCCAUUCUGCCAGCAAGAGUCUUGCAUUUCUGGGAUUUUACUUGGUAUCCAGUUUCACAAAUGGCUAAAUCAUAUCUUACGUCGAUAUAUGAGCAGCCCAUGCUUUGCGUCAGUGCGGUUAAUCCUUUUCUAUUUUCAAAGGUUCAAACCCUUCUCCAUAUUAUGAGUAUCAGAAAGAAAAUAGGUGCUAUGCUUCCAUAUGUUCGCUGCCCAUUUCGGAGGUCCAUCUAUAGAGGACUGGGUUCUCGAAAAUAUCUUGUUGAAAGCAAUGAUUUCUUUGCACUCCGAGACCUUGUUGAUCUUUCCAAAGGACCAUUUGCAGCACUCCCGGUCAUGGUCGAGAAUGUGUCUAAAACAAUCUCUGAGCACAUCACUGAGCAGUGCCUCAUAUGCUGUGAUGUUGGUGUUCCUUGUGGUGCUGGACAAGCUUGUGAAGACCCGUCAUCCCUCAUUUUCCCAUUUCAGGAAGCCAAGGUUGAAAAAUGCAGGUCUUGUGAAUCAGCUUUCCAUAAAACUUGCUUUAGAAAGCUUAGAAGCUGUCGAUGUGGUGCUGAUCUAGAGGUGGAACAUCAUGGAGGUUCAACGCAUGCCGUCAGGUGCAAGGCUGGUGAUGAAGUAGAUGGAGCUUUGGGUUUGUCAGCAAGGAAGUCCAACACCGGGUCAACAAUGCGUUUUCUCACUGGGCUGUUUUCAAGAGGGGGAUCAGAGAAGACAUUAUUAGGUCCUAGAGACAACAAUGCAGUUAUUGUCAUGGGUUCUUUGCCAAGUAAUUAUCUCUAAUCCCUUGUAAUAGUAUUAUACAAUUUGUAUUAUUUGUGCUUGGAAAACCUGAACAGUUGAGAGAAUAUUUGUUGCCCCAUUGGUGUGUUAGUAAAAUAAUAACAGUUGUCUGAGAUUAUUGGGGAA